UUUGUGCAGUUCAGUUCUGCUCAGAGCACCAGCGCAGCGCUCCUUCACAGCCUGCAGGGCUGCCUCUGCAGUUCUGGGGGAAUCCUCACACGGAAAUAACAGCUGCACAGGGGGUUGAGGGUUAAAGCAGGACAAAAGAUUUUUAGAACAGAAGACAAGAGGAGGAGGUUGAGAAGCACGUCUCAUCCCUUGACCCCACCUGAUGACCCCACGAUUCCCUGACGCUGGUUCUUCUCGCAGCAGAGGUCGCGUGCCACAUUACGACGGGGGUCGUUUUUACCUUGGUGUAAACCCGCCCCGUCCGCCCCUGCCUCAACCCCACGAUGGCUGGCUGUACCAGCCGCUGCAGGCAGGGGGUGCAAAAGCUAAUUCAGUCCCUGCAGAGACUGGUGUCAGGAACCCUCACUAAAGAUAAAGCAGAUGAUGAGCUUGAGAUGACCAUGGUGUGUCACAGGCCUGAGGGUCUCGAGCAACUGGAAGCCCAAACUAACUUCUCCAAGCAGGAGCUGCAGAUCCUCUAUCGCGGCUUUAAGAAUGAAUGUCCCAGCGGAGUCGUAAAUGAGGAGACCUUCAAACACAUUUAUGCACAGUUUUUCCCUCAUGGAGAUGCAAGCAUGUACGCACAUUAUCUUUUCAACGCUUUUGACACAACAAACAAUGGCUCCAUCAAAUUUAAGGACUUUGUGGUGGGCUUAUCCACUCUACUGAGAGGAACCCUGAGGGAAAAGCUGGAGUGGACAUUUCAUCUUUAUGACAUCAACAGAGAUGGAUACAUAAACAGAGAGGAAAUGACGGAGAUUGUAAGAGCCAUUUACGACAUGAUGGGCAAGUACACCUACCCUGCUUUAAAGGGAGAUGUGCCACAGCAGCACGUGGAUGCCUUUUUUCAGAAGAUGGAUAAGAACAAAGACGGAGUGGUGACUAUGGAAGAGUUUAUUAUUGCCUGCCAAGAGGAUGAAAACAUGAUGAGAUCCAUGCAGCUGUUUGAAAACGUGAUGUAGGACGGCUGGAAACAAAGAAGACAGGAGCAUGGCAAACCAGAGGGCUUUGUGUGUGUGAGCGUGUGUGUGUGUGUGUUUGCGUGCACAUGUGCCGUACAUCCAGUCUAUCCUUGUGUUCCUGCUCUCGCCAGCUGAGCUCUGGAAACAGCCAGAGCUUCCUGUGAUGACACUAAUGAGGGGACUGGAGUGGAAUGCCCUCAGCCUUCCCGCCGCGUUUGGCCACACAGCAAAGUGAUUAAUGUGACAGGCGUUGAGCUCCGUCAAACAGAUUGGCCGUUUAGAUGCUCCGACAUUGAAAGGAUGCUUUGACCUUCGAAGAAACAUGCCUUCCAGAGGUGGACCUACUUUUCUUUUUCUUCUUUUUGCCAUGUGUUGUUUGCUUUUUUUUUUCUAUCCAGACUUACUUGCAUGUGUUUGAGGGAAAAAAAAAAAAAAAAGAAAGUCAUAUUUCCUGAUACUUGUCAGAUUUUUCCUGAAACGUUUGCCAUAAUUACAUCUGCAUUAAUUGACUCAUACAUCCAGUGGUUGGAAGGAUUAAAAGAUUGAAUUUGCGAGUAUGGAUUUUAGUGACGCUUCUACAUUCGUGUCGACUUGGCUGCUGCUCAGACCUCUCUGUCUUUUGCUUGCUGUUGUUCUGUGAAACGCCUGCAUUAGAGAGUUCAAACAUUUAAGGUUGUAGGUUAUAUAGAUCUUACAUGCUGUGUCGGUCGCCUGUCUUUUUGUAUUUCAAAAGACUUCAUGUUGUCAAAAAAUUCAAAACUAUAUGACUUUAAUUGAUAGCAUUUUUAUGAGGUCAAGUCAAAGCAAAGCAAAGAAACGUAUGUCAUUUCCAGGGAUUACAAUAUUUAAGCCAUAGUUUGGGAUUUUCAAAGUUAAGUUGCGGUAAUAAAAUAGUCAUGUGCUGUUAAUGUUUCAGCUGCUGAAGAUAACUCUUUUGACGCCUUUGUCGAGUUAGUAGUGCCGUUUCCCCUCAGGCUAAAGCUAACAGCUAGUCCUGUAUCCUUCACACAUACUCCAGUUUUCAGAAAUGUCAGAUUGAGAACUAUCCGAUAUAUGUUUUAAUCCUCGUCGCAGUUAAACUACGUUGCUAUUUAGAUACAAGAGUUAUUUACCAAAGAAACACAAGUAGCCUGGGUGGUGGUGUGUUGCCAACAAACCUCAGUAUCAUAGCAUGUACUUCUGAAAAAAACUGGCUUUUCUGGCCAUGAGCUUUAAACUGCCUGCAGUUUAACACGGACUAGAAAUCUUUAGAAAGGUCCUUUCUCUUAUUACACUGUCUGAAGAUCACUGGAGCACACAACCAUCUUUCUGCAUUUCUACUCUAAAUGACUGCAUACUUUCAGUUAAAUAUCCAUGUAAUAUAAGAAAGCAUUUGAAAAAAAAUAAAAUCACUAUGGCGUCUUUAGGAUUGAAGCAGAUUUAAGAAUCUAUAUUUCAUGAAGAAUAUUAGAGUUUUAUCUACUGUGUGGAAGUUAGUUGACAACUAGGUUUAAUAAUAAUCCAGGUUGGAGGGCGCUGGACCAAUUGACUUUUACCGCCUUAAAGAUUUGCAAAACCAAAAGCAUCAAAAUAUCUUAUCCAAUCUCAAACACUUUAUAGGACAGGAGGACACAAUCUUACAUUUUUUUAAAUAUUUACUCUGAGUGAAAACGCUGACAUGUUUAGGUCUCAGCAUGUGUUUCACACACAUCAGUGUCGCACUGCCUCCUAGCUUAGUUUAAUGCAUUAAAAAAAAUCUCCUAUUUAACUCUUAAUACUUACCCAAUAGAAAUAUGGCAAUGUUUAGCUGUUCAGACUACAUCUGUCAGAUAAACCACCAUGAUGUUUUUGAGAUUGGAGUUGUUUAAGACGGCCCACUUUAGUCUUGGGCCGUUUCGGAUUAGCCAUUAGCUUCAGCCUCCUGGACCAUUUUACCUGAAUUUAUACUGUUUAAAAGACCCCAGAAGAGGUAUCUUCUGCAGAUCAGAGGACAGCUUUUACCUUUAAAAUAAUCUUACCUCAAAACGUCUGGGCUGUCCUUGUGAUAUUAGUGCAGAGGCCAGCAUUUGGAUGGUAGUGGAUAUAGCUCAUUUUGCUAAGUCUAGAAGAGUGAAGGUUGUCGGAGGUCAGAUUUAAUGUCAGCUUUGAAAUUAUAUGACCUGACAUAAUGAACAUGUGACACUGACCAAAACAGUGAUUUUACACCUAAAGUACAGACAGAACAGCACAUCUAUUAUUGUUUUCUGUGAGUUUUCCAGCAUUUGAAAGAUAAUAGGAAACUCGCAGGCCUACAGUAUUUUAAUCACUGAAAUAUUAACCAUUUGCUUUUUUAAGUCGGUGGCGCAGUUCUUUAGUGUGUGCUUGAUCUGUGUGACAUCCCCUCCCCUGCUGUACAGUAUCCUUUGUUGAAACAGAGUUGCUAUAUCAUAUUAACAGAAGAGUCAUUUAAAGCCACAAAAUAAAUAUUUAAAUUAUUUGA